GACAUGGGCGGGGCCUCAUUUGCAUAACGGCCGCCCCUAGCUGCCUCGCGUGGGCCGGAGUCCCGCCCCUCACCCGACUGGAAAUCUGUUGGGCCAGGGGCGGGUCACUCCUAGCGAGGCAAACCUGUGGCGGCCGGUACCGGGAGCGGAUUGGCUCCGGGAGGUGGCUGGAGGCGGCCGGGAGGCGGCUAUAAGAGCUGGGAACCGAGCCGGCGAGCGGGGAGACGCCGCUGAGUGCGCUCGCGGUGUGCGGUGCGAGGCGACCGUUGACGCCGCGGAUUUUCUGACCCUCCCCCCCGCCCUGGUCCUCCUGCUCCCGGCGUUCUCGUCUAACGUCGCCCGCCAGCCUUUCAGUCACGAUGUCUGCCCGCGGCCCGGCUAUCGGCAUCGACCUGGGCACUACCUACUCAUGCGUGGGGGUCUUUCAGCAUGGCAAGGUGGAGAUCAUCGCCAACGACCAGGGCAACCGCACCACCCCCAGCUACGUGGCGUUCACCGACACCGAGCGCCUCAUCGGCGACGCCGCCAAGAACCAGGUGGCCAUGAACCCCACCAACACCAUCUUCGACGCCAAGCGGCUGAUCGGGCGCAAGUUCGAGGACGCCACGGUCCAGUCGGACAUGAAACACUGGCCGUUCCGAGUGGUGAGCGAGGGCGGGAAGCCCAAGGUGCAGGUGGAGUACAAGGGCGAGAUCAAGACCUUCUUCCCGGAGGAGAUCUCGUCCAUGGUGCUCACUAAGAUGAAGGAGAUCGCCGAGGCGUACCUGGGGGGCAAGGUGCAGAGCGCGGUCAUCACCGUCCCCGCCUACUUCAACGACUCGCAGCGCCAGGCCACCAAGGACGCGGGCACCAUCACCGGCCUCAACGUGCUGCGCAUCAUCAACGAGCCCACGGCGGCGGCCAUCGCCUACGGCUUGGACAAGAAGGGCUGCGCCGGCGGCGAGAAGAACGUGCUCAUCUUCGACCUGGGCGGCGGCACCUUCGACGUGUCCAUCCUGACCAUCGAGGAUGGCAUCUUCGAAGUGAAGUCCACGGCCGGCGACACCCACCUGGGCGGCGAGGACUUCGACAACCGCAUGGUGAGCCACUUGGCCGAGGAGUUCAAGCGCAAGCACAAGAAGGACAUUGGGCCCAACAAGCGCGCCGUGCGGCGGCUGCGCACGGCCUGCGAGCGCGCCAAGCGCACCCUGAGCUCGUCCACGCAGGCGAGCAUCGAGAUCGACUCGCUCUACGAGGGCGUGGACUUCUACACGUCCAUCACCCGCGCCCGCUUCGAGGAGCUCAACGCCGACCUGUUCCGCGGGACCCUGGAGCCGGUGGAGAAGGCGCUGCGCGAUGCCAAGCUAGACAAGGGCCAGAUCCAGGAGAUUGUGCUGGUGGGCGGCUCCACCCGCAUCCCCAAGAUCCAGAAGCUGCUGCAGGAUUUCUUCAAUGGCAAGGAGCUCAACAAGAGCAUCAACCCCGAUGAGGCGGUGGCUUACGGGGCUGCGGUGCAGGCGGCCAUCCUCAUCGGGGACAAGUCCGAGAACGUGCAGGAUCUGCUGCUGCUCGACGUGACUCCGCUGUCACUGGGCAUCGAGACGGCUGGCGGUGUCAUGACCCCACUCAUCAAGAGAAACACCACGAUCCCCACCAAGCAGACGCAGACCUUCACCACCUACUCCGACAACCAGAGCAGCGUGCUGGUGCAGGUGUACGAAGGCGAACGGGCCAUGACCAAGGACAAUAACCUGCUGGGCAAGUUCGAUCUCACCGGGAUCCCGCCGGCACCCCGCGGGGUCCCCCAGAUCGAGGUCACCUUCGACAUCGACGCCAACGGCAUCCUCAACGUCACCGCCGCCGACAAGAGCACUGGCAAGGAAAAUAAAAUCACCAUCACCAACGACAAGGGUCGUCUGAGCAAGGACGACAUUGACCGGAUGGUGCAGGAAGCGGAGAGGUACAAGUCGGAAGAUGAGGCCAACCGUGACCGGGUCGCCGCCAAAAAUGCCGUGGAGUCCUAUACCUACAACAUCAAGCAGACGGUGGAAGACGAGAAACUGAGGGGCAAGAUUGGCGAGCAGGACAAAAACAAGAUCCUCGACAAAUGUCAGGAGGUGAUCAACUGGCUCGACCGAAACCAGAUGGCAGAGAAAGAUGAGUAUGAACACAAGCAGAAAGAGCUCGAAAGAGUGUGCAACCCCAUCAUCAGCAAACUUUACCAAGGCGGCCCUGGCGGCGGCGGCGGUACUGGAGCCUCCGGGGGACCGACCAUCGAGGAGGUGGACUAAGUUUGCACGAAAGUAAAACCUCUUUUCCUUUCCUUCCCCCACCACCUUUGUUUUGUUUCUUUGAAAUGUGCUGUGCCAAGUACAGAGGUCGAUUGUUGGGAGUCCUUAGUCUGGUAUAUGCAUAUGAAAGGAAAGGGGCAACAAUUUAGUUUCAUUAUAAAAGGUUAGUUCCAAAGUUUGAUUUUUAAAAACAUUAUUUGAGGUUUCUCUUAGUGCAUUUUGUGUGUUUGAUGACUUGAACCUUUUUUGCCUAGUCUAGUUUGUGCAUGGAGAUUUGUUUGAGAUGAGGAACAUGAAGUUUGCACACAUGCUCUGUGGAAGCUUGGUAACAAUAGAAUAUAUAGAAACGGUUUAUUUUAUGUACUACUAUAAGGCUAAAGUGAACACUGCAGUCAUGUUAAGGGCAGGUAUAUUUUUUGCAAACAAAUGCAUAAAUUCAAAAUUAAAGCUGAAAUUUCAAAAUUA